AGGCCUGGUGUUUCUUACAGCGAGCUGCUGCUGCAGGUGGUGAAGGAUCUGAAUUAUUCUGAACUCUCCAAGCCGCCGGCCGGCUGCCAGCAGCUGCUGCUCAGAGGGGAGAAAAUGGCCUAGUUGAAUCCUCUGACCGCCGGUGUGUGUGUGUGACUCUGAGAAAGUUUGACGGUUUCAUUCUGCACGGCUGAAACGCGGUCAGAUCUCCUCCUUUACAGAGAUUCUGCUGAGGGUUGAGAAGUUUCUGCUGGAUUUUAAGGUUUUCUUUUCCUGCUCGUGUUGCUGCAGCCGCCGUGUUGCUGCAGCCGCCGUGUGGGACGCUCUGCAGCAUCAUGGCAGCUCUCAGGAGGUUUCUGCUGCUUCCUCGCCUCCGGUUAAUCACCUGCGUCUCUGCAGCUUCUCUCCUCAUCCUCUUCAGCCGAGAUUUCAGCAGCAGGAUGAAAGACGAGCGACACAAGAGAGACUUUAAUAAUUUCUCAGAAAUCCCAGCAGAGAGCGCCAUCGACCUCACCGCCAUCGACCUCACGCCGCUGGUCAACACGCUGAUCAACUCCAGCCAAUCAGGUACGUCGUGGCAGCAUCAUCACCGCUCCGCCGCUCUGGAUCUGUCUCCAUCCUUUAGACGCCACUUUGACGGCAGGAGAAGCUUAAAGAAACGUAGAUGUUGGUGUGAAACGUGGAAUCCAGUCAGGUUGAGCUCGGGACAAACCAGUCUGUCCGUCGACAUGAUGUCCAACCAUCACCUGCUGAGGAUGGAGACGCGUCACGGUGCAAAUGGGCAGGUGGAGCCAAAGAGCCAGAAGCUGCUGAAGCUGCUGAAGAUGAAACUGAAGCUGCUGAAGAUGAAACUGGUGAAGCUGAAACUGGUGAAGCUGAAACUGGUGAAGAUGAAGCUGGUGAAGAUGAAGCUGUGGAGCGACUUUGAGGCCAUUAAAGUUCAGCGUUCAGCUCUGACUGGGAGCUUUAACCUGUUUAAUGUUUGUGUCUCAGUCAGCCAGAGGAACAACUCCGACUGCAUCUACAUCUGUGUGAUGGCGGGGAAGACGGGCAGAGAGCUGAGCGGCUUCUGGGACGACGGCUCCGUCACGCCGCUCUUCAACCUGACGAUCGUUGAAGGACCAAACAGAGUGGCCAACAUCUCCUCCAUUCGACUUCCUGCUGCUUCGCCACAUCUGAGCAGAACAUCGUCAACAACGUUAAAGGUCACGACCUCCGUGGAGGUCACACCGACGUCCUCCAGGCCUCCAGGCUUCACUGCAGGACGUCCAUCAACUGAGACGCCAAACAUCAGGACGAGUCAAAGUGUCUCAACUCCACAGAUCAGGACAGCAGGAGCAGCAGAGGCGACAUCAGCUGGAACCACGAGACGACCGACCAACAGCGCUGCUGCAGCUCCGCCUGCAGCCGCAGCCACAUCUGCAGCUGCAGGCGGAGCCACAGGCGUAGCCACAGCCGCAGCUCCAGCUCUGCAUGCGGACACAGCCCGACCUCCUGCAGCCACAUCUGCAGCUGCAGGCACAGCCACAGGCAUAACCGCAGUCACAGCUCCAGCUCCGCCUGCAGCCACAGCCCGACCUCCUGCAGCCACAUCUGCAGCUGCAGGCACAGCCACAGGUGCAACCGCAGCCUCAGCUCCAGCUCUGCCUGCAGUCAUAGCCCAACUUCCUGGAGGCGCAGCCACAGCUGCAGCUCCAGCCGCAGCUCCAGCUACAGCUCCGUCUGCAGCCACAGCCCGACCUCCUGCAGCCGCAAUCACAUCAGCAGCCGCAGGCAUAACCGCAGCUCCAGCUCUGCCUGAGGUCACAGCCAAACUUCCUGCAGCCAUAUUUGCAGCCGCAGCCACAGCCGCAGGCCUAACCGCAGCUCCAGCUCCGCCUGCAGCCACAGCCGCCCUGAAAUCACCUGACAGCCUGGUGGAUACGAGCAUUUCUCCAACAUCUCCUCUACAAACGACCUUCACUGGACCUUCAACCCUCCGACCUGCAGAGACGACGCCAAGCAGCAGAGAUACAACAUCUGACCGGGCCGGAGAAACGGAGAGACCAGGCUGUCUCUGGAGGAGGCCGGAGCCUGGCAGCGAAGCGGAGACGCUCGGCGAGCUGAAGCUGCAGCCCUGCGUCCUGGAGCUCUGCCGGUUCUUCUCCCAGUGCCUCUGCAGGCCGCUGAGCCGGACGACGCGCUCCAAAAGAUACUGUGACGACAGCUUCCUGUGGUACGAGGAGCACACCUUCGAGGUGUGCCGACGAGUCAAGAGAGUUUCCUUCUCCAGAAAUCUGAAGCAGAGAUGCUUGUCUAAGAUGUGCAACAAACUGUGACCCGACAGGAAGCGGCGGAAACAAAGAGCCGCUCAUCUUCCAACAACAGCUGGAAGCUGCUGGCGAUUCACAAAACGUGCAGUUUGCACCUUUUACCUGGAUAUUAAUCACUAAUCCGCCAUGCAAAAUGUAUAUAAAGUUUAUUUAAGAGAAGAAGCUAGUUUUAAGACAUUAGUCUGUAUCAGUUGCCUCUGUUUACAGUUUGCUUUAGUCCGACCUUUAAUCCAUGUGACUUUUAACUAUUUGAUUUGUUCUUCAUGUUUAAAAAGUUAAAUGGCUGUUUAAUGUCAUGAAGAAGAAAAAUGAUGAAUAAUCUCAGUUUUUUACUCUUAAUCUGAUGAACAUCCUGCAUAAUUCAGUUGGAAAACAAACAAAUUUCAGAAGAAAAUUCAGUUUCUGUUGAGGAUUUGAAGUGUGAGCGUCUCAUCUAUGCAGGUUCAUCAGAUCCAAUGUUUUCAGAGGAUUUUACCCAUAAUAGACAGAAACAAGCAGAGAAACUGUCUGCAGCAGCAGGAAGCCGGAGAUCUCAGCACUUUAAAACCUUCCAGAUCCAUAAACUGGUUUCUGACGUCAGGAAGUCGCUGUGAUAAUCAGGCUUUUAAUUCAUGAAAUAUUCUUGUUUAGUAACAUUUCUACAGUCUUAUUAAAGUAUUUAACAUA